GAUCUGGAGGAUGCUACAGGCCUAAAGUUUGUGAAGUCUGGAAUUGGAAGUCUGACUGAGGUUGCCUACAAGGCCCAUGAUGACCGCUACUUCAUCCUUACAUUCGUCCUUUGUGGCUGCAUUGCUGGUAUCUUGCUGGCGGUGUUCGUUGUGUACCUGAUCAGGCGUAACUCGCGCUCCAAGGACAAACUGCAGCAGAUCACCGCUGGACCUGAGGGGAAUGCAGAGGCCGCUUCAAAGGAUUACCAGGACCUGUGUCGCCAGCGCAUGCAGAGCAAGUCCUCAGAGAAACCCGAGCCUCUCCAUGCAGCAACCUCACGCAUGGGCAGUGUGUCUGAGGCCCAGGUACGCAGCCCAUCCAGCAGGAGCAGCACCUCAUCAUGGUCUGAGGAGCCAGUUAACUCCAACAUGGAUAUCUCCACUGGCCACAUUGUCCUGACGUACAUGGAGGAUCACCUGAAGAACAAGGACCGGCUGGACAGAGAGUGGGAGGCCAUGUGCGCAUACGAGGCUGACCCCUGCAGCUCCAAUGUCGCCACGGAGAUGGCCAACGCACGCAAGAACCGCUACUCUGAUGUGCUGCCGUAUGACCACUCGAGGGUUGUGCUGACCACUAACACCAACGUGUCUGGCUCCGACUACAUCAACGCCAGCACCAUUACGGACCAUGACCCUCGUAACCCUGCCUACGUGGCCACCCAGGGACCUCUUCCCCACACCGUGGCAGACUUCUGGCAGAUGGUGUGGGAGCAGGGAAGCGUGGUGAUAGUGAUGCUGACCAAACUGAUGGAGACCGGCGAGGCUAAAUGCCACCGAUACUGGCCGGAGGAGGGCAGCGACCUCUACCACAUCUAUGAGGUGCACCUUGUCUCAGAGCACAUCUGGUGUGAGGAUUACCUGGUAAGAAGUUUCUACCUGAAGAACCUCCAGACCGGAGAGACGCGUACCGUGACCCAGUUCAAUUUCUUGACCUGGCCCGACCUUGGCAUCCCGACCUCCAUCAAGGCUCUCAUGGACUUCCGCAGGAAGGUAAACAAGUCGUACAGGGGCAGGUCCUGUCCCAUCCUGGUACACUGCAGUGAUGGAUGUGGCCGCACUGGAACCUAUUGUCUUAUUGACAUGGUCCUGAACAGGAUGGCUAAAGGGGCCAAGGAGAUUGACAUUGCUGCGACCUUGGAGCACAUCCGUGACCAGAGGGUCAGCAUGGUGAAAACUAAGGAGCAGUUCCAGUUUGCACUUGCUGCAGUGGCAGAAGAGGUGCAUGCCAUACUGAAGGCGCUCCCACAGUAGUCAUGUGACCAUAUUGCAGCCAACCAAUUGGUUGGCCUGCCUGUCACAUGACUCAGACUUUGAAUCUGAUUGGCUGUUUUGAAAUUUGCAAUGAAGUUUCUAAUGGACUGGAAUUUAGAACAUUCAACUAAAUAUACGUAUUGCAUGGUGUUGUUUGUGGCUGAAAUUUGUCAUUGUUACUGGAUAUCUAUUUUAUGAAAGUUGUUUCAUCAUAGCUAUUGUAAUUGCAUAAUAUGCUUUAUCAUACUUUUGGUUUCUAAAAAUUGUAUACCAAAAUUUCCAAAAAACAUGUUAUGACUUCAUAGGGCAAUGGCAAUUAAAAUAUUUCUUUCUGCUAUCAUUGAUUGUAUAGUAUCAGACAAUUUAAAACAGGAAACUUUGGAAAUUAAUGCUUUUAGAUAUAUUUUCUCAUUUCUACAAAAUGUUUUUUUCUUUUAUGUUUGAAAAAUUAGUGUUGUGAAUUUCAUUAUCUUCCUCAUCAUUUAAACUUCACUUACAUGAUCAAAUCCCAGUAAACAUUCGCUGACCUUGAUUAAUGGGUAUCAUUGUGAACACCUUAAAAAUAGUAGGUCCGUUUUCGGAAAUCACAAGAUUUUGUUAAGGAUUUGUUCUAUAAAAAGUUUUGUAUUCGAUUUGCUAAUUGUAAGCAAACAAAUAAUAAAUGAACAAAAAUUGUUGACAUAAUUUAUUUCAAUAUUUGUUUGUUAUUUGAACUAUUGAACUUACGCUGAUGUUGAUGUUAAAUAACAUUUACUGGUGUUAACACCAAAGAAUAUCUUGGAAACUGUUAUAUUAAUUAUUCA